AUGCCCCUUUCUCUCCUGUUGGCUCCGGAGCUUUGUGCGCAUGCUGGCGUUCCAAGAUGGGACGCCGUAGCUUGUCUGCGAAGCUUGGCGGAGAAGCAGGCUCUACUCUCACUUUUCUCUUCAAGCUCGGUGGAAGUGGAUCGCGUGCAUAUCCUUCAGGCAUCGCCGCAGCAACUGGUCCAGGCAGCACUGCCGUCUCCCUUCCCGCCGAACAGUGCGAAGGCUCUGCAAUCCAGCCCUUCAGCCAGCAUCAUCAUCUGCGAGGACAUCGUCGGAGCAUCAGGCGCACUUCGGGCGGAGGCCCUCGAGGAUCUUGCGCUGGUCUGGCGCACCUGCUCAGGGCGCAAGGGCCGAGAGCUGCGAGUCAUGCCGGAGGCCAUCACGCUCAAGCUGUCCCUCAUUGAGAGCUGCGAGUUGGAGAGGCGAACUCGUGUAGUGGAGCGCCCUGGUGGCGUGGACGUGUCCGGGGUCAAUGCGCUCAGCGUCUCAGACUUCUUGAGUCUCGAAGAGAAGCUCUUGAAGCCGAGAUGGCUGAGCAAAGAGGUGGAAGCCCUGUCGCUGCCCUUGGGCCCUUCUCUACUCACAGCACUGGCCGCUCUCAGCGCACGCGAGAAGGGAGCACCCUUGCUGCGCAUGCGGCUCGUAGCAGAAAAUCCGGGCAAGGUCCAUGGCAUCGUCACGCGCUUCACGUGGCCGGGGGCCACAGGCCAGAGCUGGGACACCAGGCUGGCAGGCGUUGUUUGGCCCUGCGAGGGCGGAAACAGACCACCCGACCUGGAGGCAGGAGAUGCUGUGGUCGUGGCAGUUGAAUACUCAUCUGCGCGUGGUCUCAUCGUGAGCCCAGUGUGCCUGGAGCGAGCGAACGCCACUGCCAUCACUUCAGCCACCGCCGGGAAAACACCGACCUCGUGGAAUGAUCGGUUUUGGACUUUGUCGUUCUUGGUGGAUUCAGGAAGGAUUCCUUUGUAA